GGCCCAGCAGCUCCGGACCGGAGACGAGCGCAUCUCUCGGCGCUGCACCUAGCGAAGGAGGGGUGGGGGGCUGCGAGUACGAAAGCAUCCCUCCAUCCCGACGCGCCCCUCCCUCUCCCCUUCAUAUUCUGCCCCGUCUCAUCCCAUCGUACGCCAGAGCUCCGGGGCUCCCGUCUAGCCGGGGACCAAGAAAGGGGGGAGGAGGAGGCGGGAGUCGAGGCUCGUCGUGGCGCGCUCCCCGCGUGCGAAGCCCGGCCUGAAGCGCCCCUCCGUCGGAACAUGUCGCGGGAGUAGUACGUCUCAAAGCGGAAGAUGGGGAAGGACCAGGAGCUGCUGCAGGCGGUCAAGACCGAGGACCUGCUCACCGUGCAGAAGCUGCUGCAAAGGCCCCGGCCAGGGAAAGCAAAGUUACUUGGGUCUGCAAAGAAAGUCAACGUCAACUUCCAGGACACGGAUGGAUUUUCCCCUCUGCAUCAUGCGGCCCUCAGCGGGAACAUGGAACUUAUUACACUGUUGCUGGAGUCACAGGCAGCUGUUGACAUCAGAGACCAGAAAGGUAUGCGGCCACUGCACUACGCAGCCUGGCAGGGGAAGGCGGAGCCUAUGAAGAUGCUCCUCAAAUCCGGUUCGUCGGUCAAUGUCCAAUCAGACGAAGGGCAGAUUCCGCUCCACCUGUCGGCGCAGCACGGCCAUUACGACGUGUCUGAAAUGCUACUGCAGCACCAGUCCAACCCCUGCAUUGUGGAUAACGCGGGCAAAACACCUCUGGACCUCGCCUGUGAGUUCGGCAGAGUUGGGGUUGUCCAAUUAUUGCUGUCGAGUAACAUGUGCGCCGCUCUGCUGGAACCCAAGAAAGGAGAUACCACGGAUCCCAACGGCACGUCUCCUCUACAUUUGGCUGCCAAGAAUGGACACAUUGACAUAAUUAGACUGUUGAUCCAGUCGGGAAUCGACAUCAACCGACAGACCAAAGCGGGCACUGCCCUGCAUGAGGCGGCCCUCUGCGGCAAGACCGAGGCCGUCCGACUCCUGCUGGAAAGUGGUAUCAACGCCACGGUACGAAACACCUAUAGCCAGACUGCGCUGGACAUCGUGUAUCAGUUCACUGCAACCCAAGCCAGCAAAGAAAUCAAGCAACUACUCCGGGAUGCGUCCGCGGCUCUUCAGGUUCGGGCUUUGAAAGACUACUGCAACAAUUACGACUUAACCAGCCUCAACAUCAAAGCGGGAGACGUCAUCACGGUGUUGGAGCAGCACCCCGAUGGACGUUGGAAAGGCUGUAUCCAUGACAACCGAACCGGAAAUGAUAGGGUGGGCUACUUCCCCUCCACCAUGGUGGAAGUCAUCAGCAAACGAACAGGUUUGGCCAGCACAGUCAUUUGCACUCAACAGUUUCAAAAGAUACCGCUGGUUGCCCCGGCGACGGUUGCCCCCGCCAACGUGGUAGUCAACGGCAACGACACCACGUUCCAUCAGAUCCAUAUCCUGCCUCCACCGCCUCCUCCUCCACCACAUUCCCAUCAGCCACUGCUUCCACUUUUCACUUCCUUUGGCUAUAACAGGUCGCCCGUGACAACCCCACAGGGAGACACCCCCACUGCCCCAGGUUGCCGCGGUUCAGAGGCAAGUCCUCACGGUUCCCCCACCACCUCCUGUGGGCCCCACGGAGGCUCCAAUGAAGAUAUCUGGGUACUGCGCAAGCCUGUGGCAGGUGGAGACCGCAGCAGUUUAGGGAGUUCUGGCAGCGUGACCAGCGUGAGGUCAUCAGGCAGUGGUCAGAGUGCUGGAAGCGCCGCACACAUCCUCCAUGCACAGGCCGAAGGGGUGAAGCUUCUCGCCACAGUCUUGUCUCAAUCCGCCAAAGCCAAGGAACAUUUACUGGAGCAGUCCAAGUCUGUCGACCAGCCCGCAGUAGGUUCCGUCGCUUCUUCUCGGACAUCGAGCCUAUCGGGCUGCCCUCUCCACGAAGCGCCGCCUUAUGAUGCCGCAGCCAACAGGAAGGGGGAGGCGCCAGGCGAGGGGAAGAGCUCAGAGGCAGUUGUCCAAUGGCUGAGCGACUUUCAGCUGCAGGUCUACGCUCCCAACUUCCUGGGCGCUGGGUAUGACUUGCCCACAAUUAGCCGAAUGACCCCCGAGGAUCUGGCAGCCAUUGGAAUUACUAAACCAGGUCACAGAAAGAAGAUGACAACAGAGAUCAGUAAACUGAGCGUCACAGAGUGGCUGCCUGAACAGAAACCUGCCAGUCUCGGAGAAUGGUUAUGCGCUAUUGGUCUGAGUCAGUACCACCAAGUAUUGGUGCAGAAUGGUUACGAGAACAUCGACUUCAUCACAGACAUCACUUGGGAGGAUCUACAGGAAAUUGGCAUCACUAAACUGGGCCACCAGAAGAAGCUGAUGUUGGCAGUGAAGCGACUAGCCGAAAUGCAGCGCAACUCCGAUGGACGCGGUUCCCUCAGAAAGAAACCCCCGCCAAUCACGCAGCAGCAGGAAGUGAUGUCAGUGGAAAGCCCACCGCCAGAUGGUGAGUUAACAGAUGCGAUGUCUCCAAAAAUGAGCACCUUCCAGGACAGCGAGUUGAGUAGCGAGCUGCAGAAUGCCAUGACCCAUUCAGCUCAGGAGGUCAAAGCGCAGCCAACGCGCAGUCUCAACAAGGAUCCCGAUGAGUUCAACUCCGGAGGAGCCGGACCGCCGAAGAAGGAGGCGAGAACAAUGAGGCAGCAAAGCUGUCAAGGAAGCGCCUCCUCCCACAGAAGCGGCGUGUCCUCUCAAGGCAAACACCGUCACUCCCACUCUCACUCUCAGCCCGCCCCUCCCUACACGCCGCCCCACACCCCAACCAAGACCAGGACGUCAUCAUCGUCUUCCGCCUCCUCUGUCCAGAGCACGUCCUCUCCCCAGUCCAAACACAGGGUGUCCCCCCAGUUCACGCAAGGGGAAACGCCUCCGCCGCCGCGCUCACACCCUCCUCAGUCUCCGAACCAUCGUGGCGCUCCGGUCCAGUCGCCCCAGCAGAAUCGAAUCCACCAUCAGAACCAGCCGCACGAGAUGGGGGAUUGUGCGCAACCGCCGGCGCCGCUGCUCCGCCUCCCGCCCGAGGAUGAGCUUGCAGAUGGCGAUGAAGCGGAUCCCUCCGUGCUCCAGAAGAAACGGGCCAACAGUCUCAACCGGCAUGCCGCGUCAGAUGGCGAGUGUGACGAAAGGACGACGGCCGGAAAAGGACGGCCUGGGGAAGGGCAGACCGCCGCGGGCCAAAGCUCAAAUGUUAGAGCAGAAGGCGGUAAAUAUGCCACGGUCACCCACCGCGUCGGCCGCAGCCACUCUGUCCGCAACCAGGACAAAACCGUUAGUCGCAAUCAGCCGCAGUCCAUCACUCUGCGCCAGAAGAAAAAAGGGCCUCCCCCGCCACCUCCCAAACGCUCCAGCUCGGCCAUUUCAACCUCGAACUCCAACCUCGCGGAAGGGAGCGCGCCACUGCAAGUGCCGACGACCACCGACGGCAUGCUGGAUGUGCCUUACCACCAACAACGGCGGGCCAGCGACUUGGGGGUUUCCGUUGAAACGGGAGCCGUGGACACAAACAGCAUGGGAAGCGUGAGGAGCAUUGCCGCCAUGCUGGAAAUGUCUUCUAUAGGGGGCGGAGCCAAAGGGAUGGCCCUGCAAAAGAACUUCCUGCAGGCGGGGAAAACACGUGAAACCAUCGGUCUGGACGGUGAAGUCGUGAACCGACGACGGACCAUUAGCGGGCCCGUCACUGAGCUCGUGGCAGCCGCGAGGCGCGACCAGCCGACACUGUCUGUCGUCUCCCAGCCUGAAUCCUCCCCGCCCCCUGUAACGUCAUCCUCCCCCAAUCCAAGCCCCGGAGCAAGUGGGAGUUCUUCGGAAAACCUGCCGUUUGCGGAGGAGGGAAGCCUGACUAUUCGCCGACAAGGUCGAGGAGAAGGACAGUGUGUAUUUUGUGUCUGUCUGCAGAGCGACGGCGAGGGACCGCAGAGAGACGCCACCAGGUACACUCAGGAAGACAUCUCCCGGGUGGAAGCCACGGCAACCUUAAAGCGCCGGCCCCGCAGCUCCAAGACCCACCCCAACGGCUCCGGCUUCACCCUCCAGGAGUCGUCCACCGUCAAACGCAGACCCAAGAGUCGCGACAAGGAACCGGAGGGAUACGCGGACCUUGCGGGACCGAAUGGAGAUCCCCUGGGUCGCGAGCCGCCCAACACCACGCAACCGCUACCUUACCAGAACGGCACGGCCACCGUGAAGCGCCGGCCCGUUUCUGACGUCGGAGUGACGGAGCAACCGCAACCGCAGCCCCAACCGCAAUGUCAACCACAAACUCAACCGCAAGAUUAUCCGCAAUCGCAAGCGACUGCUGCUUCUCAAAGGGACUCUUUGGACAAAGGAGUUCCUGUGGGCAGUGAAGAAGCGCCAUUGAAAAAACCAAAGCCGCCGGUCUCCCCGAAGCCAGCCGUGGCGCAGAUCAAGAGACAAGGAGUCCCGCAGAACAGCCCGCAGCCAGCCUCUAGCAAAAGAGUGCCUCUACCAGGACCGGGCACGCCUGGCAGCCCAGUGGAAGGAAAAAAGAUCCCUCCUCCAGUCUCACCAAAACCCGCCCCGCCACCCACGGCGCCGAAGCCGGCCAAACUGAUCCACUCCAUGACCAGCCCCCCUUCCCCGACCCCGGCCACGCCUCCGGCAAAGCUGCACCCUAGCGUGGCCCGGCAGAGCAGCUCGCCGCCCUCGCUCCCCAAUUCCGACACCCCCAGCCCACCGAACGUCAAGUUACCAAGCCCGUCCGCGCAGAGUCCGCAUACCCCGCAGACGCCCACCACGCCGCAGACUCCUCAGACCCCCGCCACUCCCAGCCCGCCAGUCAAGCCCCCUCGCUCUUCCAUCGGUGGCGUAUCUGUGGACAGCGGGAUGACGGCCGCGGGGAUGAAUACGCCGACGUCCUCGGCAACGGACUUUGGUGUGGAUUCUUUGGUGCAUCAGAAGCUGGAGGAGACGAGCGCGUCGCUAGCUGCCGCCCUGCAGGCCGUCGAGGACAAGAUCCUGCGGCAGGAGGAUUCGGAACAAAAAACCACCGUGAGCAUCCUCGACGACAUCGGCAGCAUGUUCGAUGACCUGGCCGACCAGUUGGACGCCAUGUUGGAGUAACCGGUCGGCAUGUCGCCUUGGCAACGCUGCACCCGAAGCGACUCAGAUGGACACAACGGGCAAUCCGGCUCCCUGUCCCUUUUGUCGCUCUUUCUCGUCAGCCUUCGCCGAUGGACUUGGCCCCUCUUCCUGUCUUCUGCGCCUCCUGUCCGUCCAGCGCUGCUCGGGGGAAACCUCCGAUCCUCCUCUACAGGCGGAGCGAGGGGAAAACAAUACACAGGAAGAAGAAGAGCAACAAGGAGAGGGAGCCUGCAAUCAAAAUAGGUGUCAUCCUUUUAGACUUCAAACUAAUAGCGAUUGAAAAAGCAACAGUGUGAUGACCCGUCGUAUGGUACGUGUACAUUCUAAGCAUGGAGAGUUUAUAUCUACUGAAAAAGUCCUGCAUUAGCACAGUGCUAUAUAAUCGUCUACAGAUAAUUAUGACGCUCUCGCUCUUUGGAUCGAUGUCUCGGUUAUGUGUGGAAUUCGGACCUCUGGUGUUUUGACCAUGUAGAACGAUGUAAUCUCUGACCAAUACCAGACCGGUUAGCUCCUAAAGUGUGCGUGUGUGCGUGUGUGCGUGCGUGUGUGUGUGUGUGUGUGUGAGAGAGAGAGAGAGAGAUUGGUAGGUGUGCAUAUGUGCGUCAGGAUUUGACUUUGCGUUUUGAUUUCCUUGACCUCACCUUUAACGUACCCACUCACACGUGCAAACGUGGAGAAGCACAAGAGCCCGUGCGGUUCGCUCACACACGCGCGGGCCCCCGUACACAGGAGCCUGCACAAUUAACGGAUGGACCUGAGCGAAUCGAGGGCUACAGCAGGUUGUCCUUGAGAAAUAAAUGUGAGGUUUUACAAAGAAAAAGAUUGUGGGAUGCAUUUCAAAAUGAUCAUAAAAUACAAAGUGAUUAGUUCAAUGCAGGUGAAAGGCAGCACAGUCGCCGUGAAGCUUCAGCUGCGGUUUCACCUCAUCACCGACCCCUGCUGAUAUUAUACGGAAGGGUGAGUGAUGCAUUUUUUUUCUUCCAAUUUCUAGUCUAAAAGCGUUCACGUGGUAGAUCGAAGGCGGCUUUUAAGCCAGUCAUGCGGAGAAGGAGAACACAUUUCACUCACACUUUUUCCAUAAGACUGAAUUGAAUUUACCGCAUUGGUACACCUUGACAUAUCAUUUCAUACUACACGUGCAAAUUGGUCUUUGUGACCAAAUUGGCUGUUUGCCCAACUGAGACGAAGUCCAAGGACUCUGUUUUUGCCGAGAGCGCAUCUGUGAUCCUGAUUUUUGUGCCAAUUUGGCCAACCGUGUUUUUUUUUUUUCCAAGCUGGGCAGCAGGGAGAGCUUCUUGGAGAUGCGCCUGUGGAAUGACAAUUUGCUGGUGGAAAGUCAGUCCAAACUAACACAUGCUCAGACCCCGUCUAAGUGCUCAAACUCUAAUCUGCCAAAUUACCAAACGCACGGUCUAGGUUAGACUGCGCUCUGAUGAAAGUGAAAAAUGGAAACUUCGAAGAGAAGCCGAAUACCGUCCUUGUAUGCUAUUGAACUUUGUCAAACUGUGUUUUAGUAAGCACAGACUAAUCUGGUAACAUUGGUGUUCUGAACAUAUUUCAUGUCCGUCAGACUUUUUGAUUUCUAAUGUAAAAUAUUCUCAGAUUGGA